AUGGCAAAGGAAACAUUGAUUAGAAAGGCGCGUUGGUCCUACCCAGGAUGUGUGCUGAGCUCUAAGGGUCCUCACAGAUUUUCAUGUUCAAGCAAAAGGUACCCAUGUACAGGCAAUGCCGGCCUCUGUCAGAAUGGAGGUACUUGUGUCAAGGUUGGAAAGUGGCUGGCAAAAUGUCAAUGUACAGCAGACUAUAUAGGAGAUAGAUGUGAACAUGAAAAAUUUAAUCCAUGUUUGGAGAAUCCAUGUUUGAAUGGAGCAGAUUGCAACAUAAUUGUGGUUAACCAAAUAGCAGUAGCUAAAUGCGAUUGUAUGGAUGGCUGGAUGGGUAGAAUAUGUGAUAUAGCUUGUGAAGUUAAUGGUGCAUGUGGGGCUCUUCCCUGUUGUGGUGAAAAUCGGGAAUGUAAUGCAGGCACGUGUCGGACUCCAGGAGCGGUACUAGUACAGCCCCCUUAAGAGAAGCCUGUCAUUUUGAGCUGGAAUGGGGAAAUCACAAGGACUUGAUGCAGGACUACUCUUUAUAUACAGGAUACAGACAAUUAACAGAAACAAUUUUAAUUUAAUAUGGAUAAUCCGGUAAUAAAUGUCACAUAUAUUGUACGUGUAUAUCAAUGAAAUAA